GAGUUGUGCAGUUACCAAAAUUCAUUUUUGCAUCUAUCUAACUAUAAAUACAAAUCAAUGAUGCAAUUAGCAGCAAUUCAAACCAAAUUCAUUAUAUUGAUAUCUCCGCCUCUUUCAGAAUGAGCAACAAAACCACCGAAAUAACAACAAUGGUUGUUGAAGCAGACACAAAACCAAACCCCAUUUUCCCUUUCUUCCCAAACUUCAACUUCAAUUUCCAACUUCCUUUUUUUCCACCAAAACACAAUCAUCAUGCUAAAAACAAACCAUCAUCCAUCAUUCCAAAACUCCAGGAGGAGGAACAUGCUCCAAUUAUUUCCAACACUAAUGUUGUAACCUUUCCCAAAACACAACUUGUUGUUCCUUCACCUCUUCAGGCUGAGCCUGAUUCUCACAACUCUACUACCAAGACUUCCAAUCCUCUUAUUCUCUACCAGGUGUAUGCAAUAGGAGGAUUCUUUAUUUCAAGAUGGAUUUGGGCAAGGUGGAAUGAGAGGAAGGCUCGUGGGAAGUCUCCCAAUGACGAUGGUCGUGGAUCGCAAGAUAAUGAAUAGAAAUUAUUAUUAUUAAUUUUUUUUAACUAAGAAAUUACUAUUAUUUGUAUACAAUACAAUGCUACUUCAAUAUUUUCACAUGCUAUUAUGUUCGAAAGGAAAUUUGUUUCAUUUUCUAAAGAGUCAAA